AUGAGAGGGCGCAACUCUGUGUUUGCUCUGCGGCACAUCGUGGAUAUGUCCCACGUACUGGUGCGGAGAGGCCUCCUUGGAAGGGACCUCUUUAUGACCAGGACUCUCUGCAGCCCAGGCCCCAGCCAGCCCAGAGAGAAAAGAUCUGAGGAGGCGGCCCUUGGACUGUAUCACCGGCUCAUAGUGCUGGGAAGAGCCCUGGGAUACAGCAUUCAGCGACAUGUGUCCUCCACAGCCAAGGCUUGGUGGGACAGAUAUGAAGAAUUUGUCGGACUCAAUGAAGUUCGAGAGGCCCAGGGAAACGUGACUGAGGCAGAGAAAGUGUUCAUGGUGGCUCGUGGGCUUGUCCGGGAGGCUCGCGGGGACUUGGAAGUUCAGCAGGCCAAGCUGAAGGAAGUGAGGGACCGCUUGGAUCGUGUCUCCAGGGACGACAGCCAGUAUCUGGAGCUGGCUACUCUGGAGCACAGGAUGCUGCAGGAAGAGAAGAGACUUCGUACUACCUACCUGCGUGCAGAAGACUCUGAGCGAGAGAAGUUCUCCCUCUUCUCUGCAGCUGUGCGGGAAAGUCAUGAGAAGGAGCGCACUCGGGCUGAGAGGACCAAGAACUGGUCCCUCAUUGGGUCAGUCCUGGGGGCUCUGAUUGGUGUGGCUGGUUCUACCUAUGUAAACCGCAUACGGCUACAGGAGCUGAAGGCCUUACUCCUGGAGGCACAGAAGGGGCCUAUGAGCCUCCAGGAGGCCAUCCGGGAGCAGGCAUCCAGCUACUCCCUCCAGCAGAGGGACCUCCAAGACCUCAUGGUGGACCUGAGGGGCCUGGUGCAUGCUGGGCUCGGGGAGGGCUCUGGGUCUCAGACAGGUACUUCCCUUACCCGAGUCAAAGACACAGAUGUCCUUUUAGCUGCCUUGAAAGAGCAGCUCAGCCAUUCCAGGCAGGUCCAUUCAUGUCUCGAGGGUUUACGAGAGCAGCUUGAUGGCCUGGAAAAGACUUUCAGCCAAAUGGCUGGCGUGGUUCAGCUUGCAAAGGCUGCAGCACACUCAGGCCUGGUUGAUCAGGCAGACCAGGCUCCACCCAGCUCCUUGCUGGAGCAUGGGAGCAUGAUCUUGGCGCUGUCGGACAUGGAGCAGAGGCUAGAAGCCCAGGUGAACAGGAACACUGUCUACAGCACGCUGGUUACUUGUGUGAUGUUUGUGGUCACGCUGCCUGUGCUUUACAUGGUUUUCAGGACCAAUUAA